GAUGACGUAUGGGCUGUUGCAGUUAAGAGAUGUGGCUAACGUUAGUUAACGGGAUGAACAUCUUUUAUUAAACGCUGAAUUCAAGAAAAAGUCGCAGGAGUACAAGUGGGAGUCAGGUCAGGGACAAGAUGUUGGAGUCUUAUGUCACGCCACUCCUGAUGAGCUAUGUAAACAAGUACAUUAAGAAUCUGAAGCCAUCUGACCUGCAGCUCUCUCUCUGGGGAGGAGAUGUGGUGCUCAGCAAGUUGGACCUGAAGCUGGAUGUACUGGAGCAGGAGUUGAAGCUGCCCUUUACAUUCAUGAGCGGUCAUAUCCACGAGCUACGUAUCCAUGUACCUUGGACCAAGCUGGGCUCAGAGCCUGUAGUUAUCACCAUCAACACCAUGGAAUGCAUCCUCAAGCUAAGGGAUGGAGCCCAGGAUGAUCACGAAAGCGGCUCUAGUUCCACCAGUCGCAGUGUCUCAGACAGCUCCAAGGCUGUGGCCAAGCCCCGCCGCAUCCAGCAAGCUGCCCCCAGUGACCCAGACCUGCCUCCAGGUUAUGUCCAAAGUCUGAUCAGACGUGUGGUGAACAACGUGAAUAUUGUGGUGAACAAUCUGAUCCUUAAGUACGUGGAAGAUGAUAUUGUGUUGUCAGUCAACAUCACCUCAGCAGAGUGCUACACUGUGGAUGAUUUAUGGGAAAGGGCCUUCAUGGACAUCACUGCUCCAGAGCUGGUCCUAAGAAAACUGAUCAACUUUGCGGACUGUACUGUGUGUUUGGAUAAACGGAAUGCUAGUGGCAAGAUCGAGUUUUACCAGGACCCGCUCUUGUACAAAUGCUCCUUCAGAACACGCCUCCAUUUCACAUAUGACAACAUCAACUCUAAGAUCCCAUCUGUCAUAAAAAUCCACACCAUGGUGGAGAGCCUGAAAUUGUCCAUCACCGAUCAGCAGCUACCCAUGUUUAUACGAAUCUUAGAGCUCAUUAUUGCUCUUUACUAUGGAGAAAUUGGAGGACACAAAGAGGGUGAGGGUGAAGAAGGGAAUGUCCAUACAAGGGAAUCUGGAGCAAGUUUACCUGGAAUGGAUGUAGAUGUGGAAAGGCGCAGAUCUAGCCAGGACCUCUACAUGCAGUCUGGUAAUCCUGACGAAGCUAACCAGGGUUGGGUGUCCUGGGCUUGGUCCUUCGUCCCAGCCAUUGUAAGCACAGAGGAAGAAGGGGAGGAUGGUCUCUACCAGCAGAGAGAGACAGGAAGCAUCCCCAACAGCUCCCAACACCACACACCCAAAGACCCCAUUGUUUCCAUAGGCUUCUACUGCACCAAAGCUUCUGUUACCUUCAAGCUGACGGAGACCCAGUCAGAGAGUAGCUACUAUAGUCCUCAGAAGGUCAAGUCCAAAGAGGUCCUGUGUCUAGAGCAAGAGGGAAUCACGAUUGAGGUUCUCAUGAUGGGGGAGCCCUUCUUUGAUUGCCAGAUUGGCUUUGUGGGAUGCCGGGCACUCUGCCUGAAAGGCAUCAUGGGUGUACGAGAUUUUGAAGAAAACAUGAACCGUCGCGAAGAGGAUGCAUUGUUCUUCAGCUGUGGGGACAGCCUCAGCAGUAAAGGAAUGACUUACCUCACCAACUCUCUUUUUGACUAUCGGAGCCCAGAGAACAACGGAGUCAGGGCUGAGUUCAUCUUGGAUGCUGCUAAUCACAAGGAGACCUAUACAGAGAUAGCGGGCAUGCACCGUUUUGGUGCUUUCUACAUGGAUUAUCUCUACACAAUGGAGGACAGCAGUGGCAAAGGCUCUCAAGAUUUCUCUGGGGUGAGCAUGGAAGAGGUAGUGCCUGCUGUUCAAGAGAUAUCCAUCAAGAGGCUAGUGGUAGGACCUCUAGAGAUCAGGCUGCACAGCAGCGCCAUCCAUCGUAUUCUCAAGAUGGUCACCUGCGCCAUGGACCACGAGUAUGAACCCUACUGCAAACCACCGCGAGAAUUGACUGAAGAGAACAGUGGUCCAGCUACUCAAGAAGAGAUAUCACACUUAGAGGAAUUCAUCCCAACUAGACUCACUUGUCUCACUUUGCUUCAAGUGUCACUCACUGUUUCAAUGGCAGAGUUCAAUCUUCUACAUACGCUAAUGCCUGUCAUCAUGGGACACAAGGCGGUGCCAGGUCCAACCUCCGUGCCAGAAUUUCAGCCAGUGCGCCCUCUGCCUUCAGUGCAGUUCCAAGUGGAAAGGGUGAACUUUGAACACUCUGUGCCAAUGUAUGCGCCAGAGCUGGUAACCACUGUCAGCAGUCUCAACCAGCCUUCUGACAAUUUGCUACAUCACUGCUACUCACACCUCUACCUCAAGGUGUUUGGGUUCCAGGCAGGUUUGACAUGCCAGGACAAAGGAUUUUUUCUACCUCUCAUCCCUAUCAUCCCUUCUUUUAGCACUGCACUCUAUGGAAAACUGAUUCAGAUGCCUGCAUUGUGGAGCAAAAGGUCUUCAGUCCCCACCACAGAGUUUAUUUUUGAACUUCCACACUUCACUAUACAGGCCACAAGGGCCCAGACACUUUUGCUCCAAACAAUCUGUCAGAGCUGGACCCACAGCAUGGUCAACGGAGCGCCAGUGACACUCAGUGAAAGUCUGCUCAAUGAAGUGUACAAGGUUCCAGGUGUGAAAUAUCCAGGCCCAUCACUGACUCUCGAAGGCUCGGUCCAAAACCUGGAGCUGAAGUUCUGCAGCCGUGCGACGGUGAAAUGUGCCUCGGGAACCGUGGGAGCUGUAAAAGUGUGCGCCAGGACCCCAGGUUCAGGAGAGGGAGUGAAGGAGAAGCUGGUUCCUCUGAUUCAGGGUCCAUCUGACACUAAAGAACUACAUAUGAGCCGCUGGCUUAAUGAGAUUCGCAAGCCUGAAUCUUUGCUGGCCCCUGACCUGCUGGCAUUUUCUGUUCAGGUCCCUCAGCAAGGAGAUGAUUGCAGGAACUCAGGUGCAGUUCUGCUGGUCAGUGUCCAGGGCAUAGCUAUCAAUGUGGACCCAAUCGUCUGCACAUGGCUGCUGUAUCAACCUCAUAGAGCAAGCAGCAGACAGCAGCAGCAGAAUCCUGGUCCAGUUCCUUUGGCCAAGAGGAGAGAGGAUGAGGUUUCAGUAGGGAGCACACCGCUGGUCAAACAGUCCUCUAAUCAGGCCUCAGACUACGCCAGCAGCCCAGUGAAAACCAAGACGGUGACAGAAUCACGUCCACUCUCCAUCCCAAUGAGGGUGAUGCCGGACACCACAGCUGUUGAGUCAUGGACAACCUCAGAGGAACGAAUGAAGGAGCUCAUCGCCCAUGCCUGGGAUGCUGUUAAACGACUUACGCUACAGUUGGAGCUGCAGUCGUGCUGCGUGUUCCUCCCCAAUGACAGCCUCCCCUCUCCGAGCACCAUCAUCUGUGGCGACAUUCCCGGCACUGUGCGUAGCUGGUACCAUAACCAGACCUCCAUGCCUGGGACUCUGGUAGUCUGCCUGCCUCAGAUUAGUAUCCUCAGUGCUGGGCACAAGUAUAUGGAACCACUACAGGAACUCCCAUUUGUGGUCUCAAAGCCCAUCUUGGAAGAAGGUGAUGCCUUCCCAUGGACAAUUAGCCUGAGUCAGUUCAGCAUAUACACACUGCUGGGUCAGCAGCAAAGCCUGAGCCUGUUGGAGCCUAUGGGCUGUACUUCCACACUGGCUGUCACAUCCCAUAAGCUGCAGAGCUUUUCUGAGGGAAGGCACUCCUUUGUAGUGUGCCUCCAUGUUGAUCUACAGCCCGUCCACGUCAAGUGCUCCAACCCUCAGGUUCAGCUGUUGUAUGAGCUCUUCCUCAGCUGGAGCUCGACGUGGGCCCGUCUCCAGAGACAUGGCAUUUUGCGUCAGACCUCCAACAUCCCAGAUCCGCCUGCCGGUGCUGCUCCAUCCUCCCCUGUACGCAGCAGUGCUGGCACCGCCCUGCCUGACACCAGCACCUGCAGCCCCUCUGCAGACUUCGGCUCCCCCACUGAGGGUGACUCAGUGCCUGCUGGAGAUGAUGGUCCAUUUGCAGACACAGUGACUCUGGAGCAGAAAACUAGCAGCAUUGGUGGAACCAGUGGGAAGGUCAGCCUUUGGAUGCAAUGGAUGUUACCCAAGGUUACAGUUAAAAUGUUUGCUCCUGAUCCAGCUGCCAAAAAGACAGAGAUCUGUGUCAUCAGUGAACUAGAAGACCUGAGUGCCUCUGUGGAUGUCCAGGAUGUUUAUACAAAGAUCAAAUGUAAAGUUGGCAGCUUCAACAUCGACCACUACAUAUGCAGGCCAGGGCAGGUCUGGCACUGUGGCAGCUAUGAAGGACUCAUUCUGCAGUGCAAGGAGACAUCUGUGACGGCAGCUAAAGUCCUGGAGGGCUCUCACCAGCAGCACGGCUUUCUGUCAAUCACAUACACACAGGCUGUCACCAAAAAUGUCCGUCACAAACUCACCACUCGCCCUGAACGGCCAACCCGCAGCACUGCUACCAUUGCCAAUCAGCAGGCGGCCACUGACCCUCUGGCAGACGGCUCGCCUCAGUACCUGAGAGAAAUCCUGCUGACAGCCCAGCCCUUUGAUGUGGUUCUCUCCUGUCCCUUAUUGGCCACUGCAGCGGGGGUGUUUCAGGCUACUGUACCGAGACGCUACAGAGAGCGUGGGAAAUCAGCAGGUCAGCCAAUGAGAAGCCACACAUUGACCUCUCGAUGUCUUCCUCUCAUCUACAUCAACACAAGUGUUAUCAGGGUCUUCUGCCCUGGAACACAAGGCAAACAGAUUGCGUCAGAUUGCCACAUGAAUAAGGAAGAUACCCUCGUGUUGAAGCUGGGUUCCCUCAGUAUGGCUCCUCAGGCUGAUAACCCGCUGACACGCACUGUACUGCGAAAAGACAUCUACCAUCGUGCAUUGAACCUUGGCAUCCUUCGUGACCCAGGCUCAGAGGUGGAGGAUCGUCAAUAUCAGGUCGAUCUUCAGUCUAUCAACAUUGGGACUGCUCAGUGGGAACAACUUAAGCCAGAGAAGGAGGGAAUCAAAGGAGGUGCAUCAGUGGAGAGUGAGAGGAGCUCCCAGAACCCAGCCCUGGAGUGGAACAUGGCUAGCAGUGUCAGGAGGCACCAGGAGCGCCGGGCCAUCCUCACACCAAUCCUGACUGACUUCUCUCUCCGGGUGACUGCUGCACCAGCUAUCAUCUUCAGCAAGAAUCUCUCCCCUGACAGUGGGCAGACAGAGGAGGUGGUGGUGUGUGGCCAUUCUCUGGAGGUGAAUGUGACCAGCAGUCUGGAUUUCUACCUCAGUGUUGCGCAGGUCCAGCUCCUACAGCAGCUUCUCAGAGACAACAUGGUGGGCAUGGACGCACCAGAGAAAGGCUCUGAGGUGCGUCGACGUGAGCAAACACGAGGUGGUCGAGACACUGCAGCAGGUGCUGACCAUUCAUCGCGUCACAGCGGGACUGGGCAGGACAGCGGCUUCGGCAGUGACAGCGCUCGCAUCCGUAUUGUCCAAAUAGAGCAACAGAGCGGGGCUAGUCACCACUGCAUUGCCAGACCCUCCCACAAGUCCACCAUUACCAAGAAUCUAAGCUUCAUCCCUUUUGACAUCUUUCUCACCGCUAGUAGGCUGUCUGUUAUGACCUAUGCUUGCUCCAGCCCUUCAAAGGCAAUUCCCUCACUGUCGGAUACUCCCAGCACACCGGAAAAGAUGCAGCCUGGGGAUAAGGUAGGAAAGAGUGCCCUCAACCAACCUGAGAUCGCAUCUGAGUCUCCUUCGGCCUCGGCAUCCCCAACUCCAGAUCCUGCUCCAGCUGCCCAGAAUUCACUUGCUGGCCUGACUGCUGAGGACAUCCUCAACAGUAAUACCUCCCAGCCAACCUCCCCACUGCUGAGAGGCAGCCUGCUCUCCCUGGAUGGCCUUCCUACUCCGACCCGCUCCUCAGCCCGCCAAGCACUUGGUGUUACCGUAGUAAGGCAGCCUGGGAGAAGAGGGGCUGGGGACCAGGUGUUGGAGCCCCUCUUGUACCUACAGGUGAUGCAACCUUCUGCUCUGCUCAGCUGUCACCACCGCAAACAGAGGAUGGAGCUGUCUGUGUUUGAUGUGUCCUUAAGAGGAGUAGCUUCUGACUACAAGUGUCUAGACCCAGGAAAGACUCUACCAGAAUCUCUGGACUACAACAUGUUUUGGCUGCAGACAGUAGCAGGAGAGGUGGACAGUAAAACGGGCAUCCCUCCCCCUCUGCUCUGCCUCCAGAUUAAAGAUUUCUUAAAUGGACCAGCUGAGUUGAACAUGGAGCUAUCACGUCCCCUGAAAAUCAGUCCCACUUUGGCAAAGCUGGAGCAGGCCAAAGCCUACCUGAAUAAAAUCCUACCAAACUAUGCAUGGGACAGCUCCAGUAAACCACCAUCUACUCCCUCCACUCCUCAUUCUUCCCCUGCGAAGACACUUCACAGGGCCUUUCCUCCUCGUUUAGACAGACACCAUCAGAGCUCAGCCCAGGUUAAAACCAACAGUGUUGGGACGCUGGCACUGAACUUUCACAAGGUUUCUCUUCAGACUGCUCAGAUUUUAGUAGUCAUGGAGACUGAAGCACAACCAAUGAGACCCAGUAUGACAGUAUCCCUGUCAGCCAUGACAGGAAGUCUGAACAUGAAGAUGGGGCCUAGAAUAGAAGAUGCCAUUCAGGCCGCCUCUGUGCUGCUGGAGUUAAAAGACGUGUUGGUGAGAACAGGACUAAAGGACCGGAGCCGUGUCCUGAUGGGACCAUUUUCCUGCAGCAGCUCUUUAGAGGCCCGUUGGUGUCGGCACAGCGGCAGCCCUGGACCCGAGCCCGGCCCCCCUAAACUGCUACUGGACCUGAAGGGAGGCCUCCUGCAGGUUUUUUGGGGCCAGGAACACCUGAACUGCCUGAAGCUGGUAGAGGAGCACCUUCGUUCCUACUUUCACCUUCAGAAAGGGGAUUCAACUGAAAGCUGUUCUAAAGGCAAGGCCUGCCACACCCAGCCACCUCUCUCUCCAGGCUCUCCCUCUCCUCGGACAGAGCACAGCUCAGAUGACUUGCGCACAGGAUGUUUUCAGUACAUCCAGGACUCAGCUUCGCGGAGACUGCCGGGUCCACAUGAGGUGGUGUUUUACAGCGAGACAGAUGAUACCCCAGGGGUGAUGUUGUGGAGAUACCCUGAACCCCGUGUCCUUACCUUUGUCAGGAUAACGCCUGUUCCUUUCAACACCACAGAAGACCCUGAGAUCAGCACUGCUGACCUGGGAGAUGUCCUGCAGGUACCAUGUAGUCUAGAGUACUGGGAUGAGCUCCAGCAAGCCUUUGUUCCAUAUCGGGAGUUCAGCCUAUCAGAGAGCUGCGCCUGCCAGCUGCCGCUGCCCAGCCUCAGCCUCACCAACCAGCAGAAGGAGCUGGUGGCCUCAGACCUGUGGAGGAUAGUACUCAAUAAUAACGGAGACGGAGGAGAUGAACAGAGUUCAGAUAGUGAGUGUGGGUCCCAGUUGCCCUGCGAUCAGCUGGUAUCUCCGAUGGCACUGGCAGCCUGCACCCGUGUGGACUCCUGUUUUGCACCCUGGUUUGUCCCAUCGCUGGGUGUGUACCUGCAACUAGCAAAACUGGAAGUUCACUUCUGUCACCACCUAGAACAGCUGGGUACAGCUCCAUCUAGACAGCUUCGUCCCUUCCUGCCAGACAGGAAGUUGCCUCAGGAGCAAGAGUUCAUGGUGAUAGGUGCUCUGGAGCCACGGGUCUUCUUGCGACAGUGGAGCAACGGACCACGUCAUUGUCAGGAGUUCAGUUUUUCCUCCCAGCUAGACUGCAAGCUGCUGGAGUACCGGAACUUAACACACCUUCAGCUUCUUCAGUCUUGUUUACUACAGGGCCAGGCUACAGCCACCUGCUGCCCCCAGAACACCAGUUUUGAUGUGAAUGUGUUUUUGGAUCCAGUGGCCCUUAAUGUCAGCCAGUAUGCCAUCCACACUGUGGACACUGCCCUGCACAGCUGGCAACAGAAUGGGAACCCAGAGGCUGAGGAGCUGCUCUACAGCCACUAUGUGAUCUGUAAUGACACGCAUGAGACACUGCGCUUUGGUCAGGUGGACACAGAUGAGAACGUGCUUCUGGCCAGCUUCCAUAGCCACCAGUACAGCUGGAGAUCUCACAAAUCCCCUCAGCUGCUGCACAUCUGCAUCGAGGGAUGGGGGAACUGGCGCUGGUCAGAGGCCUUCAGUGUGGACAAUGUAGGGACUCUACUUAGAACCAUUCAGUACAAGGGACGCACCGCCUCACUCAUCAUCAAGGUCACGCAGCUCAGCGGUGUCCAGAAACAGGUAAUAAUCUGUGGGCGGCAGGUGAUGUGCAGCUACCUGACUCAGGACAUUGAGCUGCGAGUGGUGCAGCACUAUGUGGGGCCUGAUAGUCAGACGAUUGUCAGGGAAUACUGUGACUGCCUAGAAGCAGGAGCCAAGCUGCCGUCCUAUGUGCUGGAAGAUGCAGAGAUGACGGAGUUGUGUGUAAGGGCUCGAGGAGAUGAAGAAUGGUCCCAGGAUGUUCAGCUGGAAAGGAGGGACAAGGGCAGCAGCAGCUUUGUUGUACAGGUACCCUGUUCCAGUGGCUCUUUGCUUUAUGUCUGGUGCACUCUCAUCACAAUCGAACCCGACUCUCACAUGCAACAAAGACUGGUGGUUUUCAGUCCACUGUUUGUCAUGAGGAGCCACCUGCCAGACCCCCUAAUUGUUCAUAUAGAGAAGAGGAGCCUUGGACUGCGAGAAAGCCAGCUAAUACGUGGACAGGGUCAUCAGGAGCCCCUGUUGAACACUGAAGCUGACCUCACUCACCACCUCACUUUCCAAGCCAGAGAGGAUGAAGAUGCUUCGCACUGCGCUGUGCCCAUCUCCACCAGCCUAAUCAAGCAAAUACUGAACAAGACCGGAAAUGGGGACAACCCAGAAAACAUCUUGGCUGAUUUCUAUGGUCCCAAGACAACCACUGAGCCACCAUGGCCUUACGUCAUCAAAGAUGCUGACAGCAGGUCUGUGCUGGAGCCUCUUGCCCAAUGGGACAGUCCUAUGCAGGUGAAACUAUCCUGCUGGAAGCCUGGUCUGAACACACUGCUGGUGGAGCUGCUCCCCUGGGCACUGCUGGUCAAUGAUUCCCAAUGGGACCUCUGGCUUUUUGAGGGCGAGACCAUCGUACUGCAGAUACCAGCUGGCAAGGUCAUUGUACCACCCAACUUCAAGGAAGCCUUCCAGAUUGGUAUCUACUGGGCCCACACUAACACUGUCCACAAGUCUACAGCCCUGAAACUAGUCCAUGACCUAACUUCUCCUCGAUGGAAGGAGGGAUCGAGCUCUGAGGUGGUCACUCUGGAUGAGGAGGGAUAUGUAGAAGCUGACAUCACGCUGGGGGCCUUUCCUGGUAAACAGAAGCUGUGUCAGUUCUGCGUGUCAUCUGUGGUGAGACAUGGCAUCCAGAUCCUACAGAUAGAGGACAGGGCGAUUCUUGUCAACAACACUCCUUACACCAUUCACUGCAGGCCCCUACUGAGUGACCAUGUACUGGCAACUGAUGACCAGAUCUGUGAGAUACCAGAGACCUCCAUGUUCACACUCCUUCCUUCUGAGCAUUCGUUCCAAGCCAAACCAAAGUCUGUGCCAUGCUGGGACCUCCUCCAAACCAGUGUCCAGGGAAAGGUGGAGUUCCCUUUGCCACUCAAACACAUGCUCUUCAGCUUGUUUCCAAGGCCUGACGCUGGUGUUGGAUCUGCAGCAUGGAGCCUUCCCGCUCCCAUCCGGCCAGACUUCCCCAGGCAGAGUUUAUCUGUUCCCAGGGAACUACACUUAGGGGGUGGCCUGAGCAGCAGAGCGAUAGUGAUGACCUAUCAGGAGCACCUUGGAGUGACAUACAUCACCCUUAAUGAGGACCCUUGUCCACGCAUGCUAAUCCACAACAAGUGUCCAAUCCCACUGCUUUUAAAGGAAAAUGUCAAAGAAACUCCAAGGACUGAGGUGUACUGUCGACCUCUGCCUGCUAACUGUUCCCUGCACCAUGAACUCUACAACCACUUUUCCAGUUUCCCAGAGUGCAGGCAGAAAGAGAUGCUGCCCACACUGCUGCUGAAAAGCACCUCGGACCACAGCGCCACCGACUGGACAGAUCCCAUAGACAUCAACUGCCUUGGCACUCAGGUGGUGUUUCUGCCAGGCUUUGGCUGCCUCUACAUAGAUGUGACGUAUGAGAGAGGCACCCUGGUUCUGUCUCUGGCACCGGAGGGCAGCGUGGACACUGUAAUCAACCAACACAACAGGUCAUCCACACUGUCUGUCAGCGUCCUCCUGAGUGAGGCCAGCAUGGUGCUAAGUGAUGACAUCACCAGUCCCACCAGUUCUGUGGAGCUUCUGAGACUCACGUUAACCAGGCUACUCAUCAGCCUGGCUCCUGCACCUACCUCCCUGCCCCCGGAGCUAGCUGUGGGUGCAGGAUCCAUCUCAGCUCUGAUGUCUGACUCCUCUCUCAUCGAGGUGUACUGCUCCAGUCUACAAGUGGACAACCAGUUGUAUAACCGGGCAAGUUUCCACUUCCCCGUGCUACUGUGCCAAGAUCAGAGAGGAGUUGAACCCGGGGGUCUGUGGAGUAGUGACGCCAACCCCACCAAGUCCCCUGAAGCGCUGGAGGAGUUCAAACGCUCCUGUUUUCUGCAGCUGAGGAUGACGCUGGCUGGGGACAGAUGCACAGUGGAGGAGGUCUCCUUCCAGCUCCACCCUGCCAGAGUCUACCUCGAAGACACUUUUGUUUACUACAUUAAGACUUUGUUCCACACCUACAUCCCCACGCAUGCUUUUGCCUCAGCAGAGACCCAGCAGAGCAAAGAAUGUGGAGCAGCCUCCACCCUCCCUGAACAGGUUCUCCAGUCAGCACAGGCACUGCUGUACCCUGUGCGACUGCAGAAGCUGACCAUCCAGCCUGUCAACCUGCUAGUUAGCAUCCAUGCCUCUCUGAAGCUAUACAUUGCUUCAGACCACACUCCUCUCUCCUUCUCCCUCUUUGAGAGAGGGCCGCUCUGCACUACAGCCAGACAGCUGGUCCAUGCUCUGGCCAUGCACUAUGCUGCGGGAGCCCUCUUCAGAGCUGGCUGGGUUGUGGGGUCUCUGGAGAUCCUGGGCAGUCCCGCUAGCUUGGUGCGGAGCAUCGGUAAUGGCGUGUCCGACUUUUUCCGCCUCCCAUAUGAGGGCCUGACACGUGGGCCUGGAGCCUUUGUCAGUGGAGUUUCCAGAGGGACCACUUCGUUUGUCAAACAUAUCUCAAAGGGCACCCUGACUUCCAUCACCAACUUAGCCACAAGCCUGGCAAGGAACAUGGACCGUCUGUCUCUGGAUGAAGAGCACUACACCAGGCAGGAGGAGUGGAGACGGCAGCUACCGGAAAGCCUCGGGGACGGACUGAGACAGGGACUGUCACGACUUGGCAUUAGCUUGUUAGGAGCGAUAGCAGGUAUCGUGGACCAGCCCAUGCAGAACUUCCAAAGGAACUGGGAGAUGCAGAGCUCAGCAGGUAGCAAAGCCAAAGGGGUGAUCUCUGGAGUGGGGAAAGGCAUUGUGGGGGUCUUUACCAAGCCCAUCGGAGGAGCAGCAGAACUGGUCUCCCAGACUGGAUAUGGGAUCCUUCAUGGAGCAGGACUGUGGCAGCUUCCCAAACAGCUCCACCUGCCUACCGAAGAAAAGUCAGCACUCGCCCCAAACAGCCAUCUUAAAUAUGUCUGGAAGAUGCUGCAGUCUCUGGGGCGUCCGGAGCUCCACAUGGCCCUGGAUGUGACCAUCGUGAGUGGGUCAGGUCAGGAGCAUGCUGGCUGCCUGCUGCUCACGUCCGAGGUGCUCUUUGUCGUCAGCCUCAGUGAGGACACCCAGCAACAGGCCUUUCCCAUCACUGAGGUGGAGUGUCAGCAGGAGACAGGACAUCAGGGCGAGCUCACUCUCACAUUACAGCAGCAGACAGUAACCAGUGAUGCUGAGGGUGAUGGUGUUCGCGAACGUCUGUCUGAGCAGCAGUAUCGGAGGCUGGUGGAUUACGUGACGCGGGCCUCUCAGUUUCUUUCCCCAUCUGCCGCCUCUCUCCAGCUGCAGCCCCCAGUGACGCUCGCAGAGCCUCCACCCGCUGUCACCAAAUGUUAUCGCUACCUGGUGGACCCCACUUUUGCCAAAGUGUUUGUCAGCAAGUUCACCAUGGUGAAGAAUAAAGCCUUACACAUUGGAUUCCACUGAGACAUGAAAACUCUGUGGCUUUCUGAGACUGAAUGAUUUUGUAAAAAAAAAAAUCAUGUACUUUGACUUGUCUCAUUUAUGCAAAAUGAACCUUGUGUAAAAAAUGAAGGACAGGGGGGUUCUAGCUAAAUGUGUCCACCUGGUCGCCCAUGCCUUAGAUGUGUCUAGAAUUCCUAGAAACUGCCUUUGAAAGAUAUUUUCUAAUACAAAAACACUCAUCAUUUAGUCACAAAGAACAUUAGUGGGAUCAGAAUCAGG